GACAGUAAAUUAACCUUACAUUUUUUUCCUGUGUUUUAUCAGAUAACCGUAGGACGUCAAGAUGAAGAGACAAGCUGUAGUCUGUUUGAUUGUGGCUCUGUCUGCUCUGUUCAAGUUGCCAGUCACAGAGGGCAAAUGUGACUCGAGUCAGACCAAUAAGUUCGGACCCCAGUGUGAGCACACGUGCCGCUGCAUAGGUCGGCAGGCGUCGCUUUGCAGAGAGGACGGUAUCUGUUCUAACAACGAUUGUCAGGAUGGGUAUUUCGGAACAAGAUGUCAAUACCGGAACAUCGCCGCCAACCCAACCAACCCCAGGUUUACAGAUUUCAAUGUGGAGACAUGCAACCUUAACGAGAUGUCUGAAGUGUCCAUCUACGCUGAAACGACCCCUUUCAACUUCACCUGGCUCAGAGUGUCCGGAGACUUGGACACUCUCCAGAGUCUAACAAUAGACUGGGAGAACACAGACGGUUCAGUUGUUCCCUGCACUAACUUUGUUAAGAGGCGAGUCGUGCAAGGGUCCAGCAAAUUUUACACCAUGGACUUUGACUGUCUGGAUAUCUCCAAACCCAUCAAGAGGAUUAUUUUGAGAGGAACAAUUGAACGAAUUAAACUUUGUUCUACAUACAUGAGUGAUAAGAGAAAUUGCCCUUCUGGAUGGUUCGGACUCAAGUGUGAACACAAGUGUCGAUGUUCCUUUGAGUUUGAAUGUCAGGAUGACGGGACGUGCUUGUCCAGCUGCCAGAAAGGAUGGUUUGGUCCGGUCUGCCAGAACAAAUGUUCAUUAAGGACAUGGGGUGAAGACUGCAAGGAAGCCUGUGAUGUUCGAUGUGUAGACCAGUUGUGCCACCACGUCAAUGGGGCAUGUGACGACUGCCAACCUGGGAAGGGAGGACAUUUCUGUGAACACGACUGUGAAGACUUUACCUACGGCAGGCGUUGCGUGCACCAGUGUAGUGAAAAGUGCUCGCAGGAUGUCCCUUGUGACAAACGAGAUGGAAACUGUCGAGGUGUUUGUUCCCCUGGCUAUCUGGGACAGUUCUGUGAUCAACAAUGCCAAUGCAACACUUAUGGUCUCAACUGCUCCAAAACUUGUAGCCCCUCGUGCCUAUUCAAAGCCAGCAGCAGUGCCAGUGACACACCCAGGCGAUGCCAUCCCGAGUCUGGGGCAUGUCUCUACGGUUGCCUGGACGGUUACGAGGGAGUGACGUGCUCCGAGCGUGUCAGUGAUGGCAUUCCUGUAGGUGCUAUCAUUGGACUGGUCAUAGUCAUCGUCCUGCUGAUUGUCGCUUUGGUUACAGUAGUUUGGUUGUGCAGAAAAAGGCAGAAAGCCACAAAAGAGCCACAUGAACCAUAUUAUUGAUAGAGAAAAGGUUUAUCAGAAUGCACCGGCAACAGUCCGGAGCCCCAGGGAACAGCAACUCUAUUUCUAAAAACAGGAAAAAAUUUGGCCGGGGAACAGCGAAGCCUAACAGUCUCGUGUAAUGACAAACUACCGUGUAUUAUUAUCCUCCAUUUGUAGCUAUUUUUAGUAAGGUGAAAGAUCUUUCCGUACAUAUGCUGAUGAUGAACUACUCUCCACUUGGUGGUUGGAGAGAAUUUUUUACUAAUCACCCACGGCAGGACGGGCGACUCUUUUUUUUUUAGCCAACAAGAGAGAUUAUAACAGAUUUUUAGUAGUGAGAGCACCAUGUACUGUUUAUGUGUUGCUAUUGUAUAUAGCGCUCAAAGCCUGUGUACUUUAAUCAUUACACAAAUGUCACAUACUAUUAUUAUUAUCAUUAUCAUUAUUAAUAUUAUUAUUAUUAUU